CCCCAUUCCUCCCCUCAUUCUCCCCCUCCCCCCCUCCUCCCGGGCCUAGCAAUUGCUCUCCAGCAUGGCUUCCACCAAGGCUCCGGAUGCCACUGCGCCGGCAGAGCACUCGCCUUCGCCCUCCCUGGAACGCCAGGGAUCGACGGCGUCCGCAGCCAAGAUCAUCCAGAAUGCCAAAGCCGCCGCCGACAAGGAGCAGAAGAUGACCUUGCUGCAAGGCAUCCGGAUCUAUCCCAAGGCUGUGGCCUGGAGUCUCCUCAUCUCCACCUGCAUCAUUAUGGAGGGCUACGACAUCAGUCUGGUCAACAACUUCUACGCUUUCCCCCAAUUCAACCGGAAAUAUGGCGAGAUGUCGGCGGACGGAUCAUAUCAGGUUCCAGCACGGUGGCAAGCAGGUCUGAGCAACGGUGCCUACGUCGGCGAAAUCAUCGGUCUUUUCAUCAAUGGUUGGGCCUCGGAACGCUUCGGAUACCGAUACACCAUCAUGGCGUGCCUCGUUUUGAUCACCGCGUGGACCGCCAUCUUCUUCACUGCCCCCAACGUCGAAGCACUGCUCGCCGCUGAAAUUUUGGCCGGUAUCCCCUGGGGUGUGUUCCAGACUUUGACCAUCACCUACGCCUCGGAGGUCUGCCCGGUUGCCCUGCGAGGAUACCUCACAACGUACGUCAAUUUCUGCUGGGGUGUCGGGCAGCUGAUCGGGAUCGGCGUGAUCAAGGCUAUGAUCCACCGGGAUGAUGAGUGGGCGUACCGGAUUCCGUACGGACUGCAAUGGAUGUGGCCGUUGCCCCUAUUCAUCGGUAUUUCGCUUGCUCCCGAGUCCCCGUGGUGGUUAGUACGAAAGGGCAAAACGCAGCAGGCCAAGCACGCCCUCCUGCGCCUCACCAGUGUGAACCGGGAAUCCGACUUCGACGUGGACGAGACCGUCUCCAUGAUGGUGCACACCACAGCGCUAGAGAAGAAGAUCACCAAGGGGGCGAGCUAUCUCGAUUGCUUCCGGGGCACGAAUAUCCGCCGAACCGAAAUUGUCUGCAUGGUGUGGGCCAUCCAGAACCUGAGCGGCAACUCGUUCUCCAACUAUUCGACCUACUUCCUGGAGCAGGCGGGCCUGAGUGCGGACAACGCAUACGCCUUCGCGAUGGGCCAGUACGGGAUCAACAUGGUCGGCGUGUUCGGUGCCUGGUUUCUCAUGUCCGUGGGGCUGGGCCGGAGGACGCUGUACCUGUACGGCCUCUGCGGACUGUGCGCCAUGCUGCUCGUCAUGGGGUUCCUGGGACUGGUGCCGGAGGAUCACAAAAAGCAGGGGGCUCUCGCGACGGGCUGCAUGAUGCUCAUCUGGGCUCUCUUCUACCAAUUGACCGUCGGCACCGUCGCCUACUCCCUCGUCGCGGAGCUGUCCACGCGCCGGCUCCAGAUCAAGACGGUCGUACUCGGCCGCAACCUGUACAACAUGGUCGCGAUCGUCUGCGGCGUGCUGACGCCCUACAUGCUGAACCCGGGCGCCUGGGACUGGGGCAACUACGCCGGGUUCUUCUGGGGGGGCAUCUGCUUCCUGUGCGUGGUGUACACGUUCUUCCGGGUGCCGGAGCCCAGCGGACGGUCCUUCGCGGAGCUGGACGUGCUGUUCGAGCGGGGAGUCAGUGCGCGCAAGUUUGCCUCGACUCCCGUGGACGUGUUUGAUGAGACGAUGGAGCGUGGCGCCGCCGAACACUAUCAGACCGAGAAGACCGUCUCGACGGACGUGGCGCAGGUCGAGAAAAACGCUGCGUCGUGAUGACCUCCUCCACACUGUUGCAUGUUUUCAUGUAAUACUUUUUAAUAUCUUAUUGUACAUAUUUACAGGUAAUUAUGAAUACGAAACGAUUAAUGAG